CCACCUUGCCACCGGAGGGUACCCUCCUGUACCACCCUGCCACCGGGGGUACCCUCCUGUACCAACCUGCCACCGGAGGGUACCCUCCUGUACCACCCUGCCACCGGAGGAUACCCUCCUGUACCACCCUGCCACCGGAGGAUACCCUCCUGUACCAUCCUGCCACCGGAGGAUACCCUCCUGUACCACCCUGCCACCGGAGGAUACCCUCCUGUACCACCUUGCCACCGGAGGGUACCCUCCUGUACCACCCUGCCACCGGAGUGUACCCUCCUGUACCACCCUGCCACCGGAGGAUACCCUCCUGUACCACCCUGCCACCGGAGGAUACCCUCCUGUACCACCCUGCCACCGGCGGGAUACCCUCCUGUACCACCCUGCCACCGGAGGAUACCCUCCUGUACCACCCUGCCACCGGAGGAUACCCUCCUGUACCACCCUGCCACCGGAGGAUACCCUCCUGUACCACCUUGCCACCGGAGGGUACCCUCCUGUACCACCCUGCCACCGGAGUGUACCCUCCUGUACCACCCUGCCACCGGAGGAUACCCUCCUGUACCACCCUGCCACCGGAGGAUACCCUCCUGUACCACCCUGCCACCGGCGGAU